UCGUUGCAAAAUAACUUUUUUAAACUCCAAAAAGUAGUACUAGUAAAAGAUUCAAUUCAAUUUUAUUUGUUCUCUAACAUUUUUACAUAAUGAAUAAUUUAGACUACGAACCUAUGGAUAUAGAUUCAAGUGCAAAUUCCUACGCUGCAAUGGAUAUAUCUUAUAAUGAAAUUAAAGAAGAAAAUACUGAAACUCCUAUUACAAAAACAGACUCUCAAGGAAUAAAGAAAUUCCAUAUAGAUAUGCCUGCACAAAAACAUAAAAGGACAUUAUUGAAAUCUAAUAUUUAUUUAGUAGGGUUUAUUAUUGGAAGCAUAAUUACAGCAAUUUUAUACUACAAAGUGGUUAACUUUGAAUGUUGUCGUGAGAUCAACACGAUAUUGUUAAAAGAUGCCUUGUCUUCCAAAGUUCAUGGUCAAUCGAAAGCUGUACAAACUGUGAUACAGGCUUUAGAAGCUAAUACAAGUCGCAAGAUCUUAAUUUUAUAUGGAGGGACAGGUGUGGGAAAAACACUAACAAUUUCAAUUUUACUUGAAAAGUUAUUAAGAUUUUCAAAUGUAUAUCAUUACACAAUGCCGAGUUUUGUAGAUAAGUUUACAACUGAGAUAAAGGUAGGUUUAGUUUUUUGUGAGAAAUGGUUUAUUAUUGUAGAUGAUUUGAAUCCUGGGGACAAACAUAUGACAUCUAUAGUUAAUGAUAUUAUAGAAAAGACUGAGAAUCUAAAAAGCAAUGUAACAAUAAUAUUUGUAUAUACCUGUGAUACAUCAAAUGAGUUAGUUGACUGCAUUGAUUUUUUGACAAAUUUACAACAAGAUUUUAAUAUUAUUAAUGCUUCAAAAUAUUUUAUACAAUAUUUGCCAUUAACUGAAGAUGUUUUAAAGCAAUGUAUUAAAGAUGAAUUAGAACAAAGAUUGGUUUUAAAUGUAGAUAUUGAUAUGGUUAUGAAAAAUUUUAAUGUCUCACAAGAUGGAUGUAAAGGAGUUCAUACAAAAAUUAAAUCAUUGAAUUUAUUUUGACAUAGAGGUAUGUUUUACUUUAAUAUAGUAGA